AUGCUUUUGCCGCUCAUUUUAGGGCCUCUCCAAUUAAGUCUAUGGGACCCUAUCAUAUAUUUUCGAGAGCAGUUUGAGGAUGGAGACGAGUGGCAGAAAAGGUGGGUUGAAUCCAAAAACAAGUCUGACUAUGGCAAGUGGCAGCUGAGUGCUGGUAAAUUCUGGGGUGAUCCAGAAAAGGAUAAAGGUAUACAGACCACUGAGGACUGGAAGUACUACGCUCUGUCAGCUCGGUUUGAGCCAAUCGGCAAUGAGAACCAGAGUUUAGUGAUACAGUUUACUGUUAAACACGAGCAAGCAAUUGAUUGUGGAGGAGGCUACGUGAAAAUAUAUCCUGCAGACACAAACCAAGAGCAGAUACAUGGCGACACCUUAUAUUGUAUUAUGUUUGGUCCCGACAUAUGUGGUACAAUCCAUGAGAAAGUCCAUGUUAUUCUAAAUUAUAAGGAGAAACACCAUUCAAUAACGAAGAAUAUUACAUGCAAGCAUGAUGAAAUCACCCAUUUGUACACCCUAAUUAUCCGACCAAACAAUACAUAUGCAGUGAAGAUUGACAACAAGGUGGUGGCAAAUGGGACUUUGGAGGAUGACUUUGGUUUCCUACUGCCCCCUAAAAUCAAAGACAUAAAUGCUACACAGCCUGUGGAUUGGGAUGAUCGGGAGAGGAUUGAGGACCCCAAUGAGCUCAGGCCAGAUGACUGGGAUGAGAGAGAGCUAAUUCCAGAUCCAGAUGCAAAGGAACCCCAUGACUGGGACUCUGCCAUGGAUGGGAUAUGGGAACCACCAGUGAUUCCCAAUCCAAAAUACAAGGGAAUUUGGGUCCCGAAAAUAAUAGAUAAUCCAAACUACCAAGGGCUGUGGGUUCAGCCAUACAUGGAUAAUCCAGAUUAUGUUCCAGAUGACACAUUAUACAGAUAUGAUGAACUUGGAGUUAUUGGCUUCGACCUCUGGCAGGUAAAAUCGGGUACAAUUUUUGACAACUUCCUCAUCACAAAUGAUGAAUUUUUAGCAGAGAAAAUUGGAAACGAGACAUGGGGUGAAACCAGGGAGCCAGAGCUGAAGAUGAAGACAAUACAAGAUGAAGAGAGGGAUGCCAAGGAUGAAAAGAAGCAAAGAUGGAAGAAGCUUGAGGAAGAUUUUAAAAGGCUGGAUGAACUGGAGAGGCAGGAGAAAGAGAGGAAGUCAAAACUACGAAAAAGCUUACGAAAGCAGUACGGACUGGAGCAAGCAGUAGAACAGCCACAGCUGCCAGAGCCUUCACAUCCCAAAGAUGAGUUGUGA